CGGUGCGCGCGGGCGCAGGAAUGUGCGUUACAGUUAAAUAGUGGGCGCAGGGGCGGCCGCCGCGGUGCUCGCGGCCGGCGGCUCAGGGUCGGGCCGGGCGGCGAGGCAGCCUCCAUGGCGCGGCGCGGCUCCUGGGGCGGUGGCAGCCGCACGGCGCUGCUGUGACGGGAGCUCGGCGGCUGGGACUGGCCUUCCGCCUGCCCCACUCCUGAGCGGGGGCCCGCGCCGGCGUCCCGGGGGCGCGGCGGCGCUCCGAGAGCGGAGCCGUGGCGGCGGCAGCGGCAGCGGCCGGGGGCAGCCGGCGUGUCACCGCCUCUAUGAUGAAAUUUAAGCCGAAUCAGACGCGGACGUACGACCGGGAGGGCUACAAGAAGCGGGCGGCGUGCCUCUGCUUCCGCAGCGAGCGGGAGGACGAGGUGCUGUUGGUAAGCAGUAGCCGAUACCCAGAUCAGUGGAUUGUACCAGGUGGAGGAAUGGAACCAGAAGAAGAGCCAGGGGGAGCAGCUGUCAGAGAGGUGUAUGAAGAGGCUGGAGUAAAGGGAAAGCUAGGCAGGCUGCUUGGGAUAUUUGAGCAGAACCAGGAUCGGAAGCAUAGGACGUACGUUUAUGUUCUUACUGUGACAGAAAUACUGGAAGACUGGGAGGAUUCAGUUAAUAUAGGAAGGAAAAGAGAAUGGUUUAAAGUAGAAGAUGCAAUCAAGGUCCUUCAGUGUCACAAGCCUGUUCAUGCAGAGUACUUGGAAAAACUGAAACUGAGCUGUUCACCCACUAAUGGAAACUCUGUGGUUCCCCCUCUUCCAGACAAUAACUCCUUAUAUGUCACUUCUGCACAGACUUCUGGGUUGCCCUCUACUGUGAGAUAAACACUUGGAUUACCUUUUUAUUCAUGUCAUCACAAAGGGGAGACAUCUGUGAUCACGUGUAGGCAUCUGUAUAACUGUCGGUUCUAAGUGAAAUAUGUGAAUGUGUCAUAAUGUCAGAUUUAUUUGAACAUGUUUUUUCCUUUUUAACAAUGUAAAAUAGUAUUUCAGCAAACCAAAGCCAUAUAUGGAUUUUUUUUAAGAUGCCUUAAUAGGCCAUUUUUAAAAAAAAAACAAAACAAAACCAAACAAAACAUAAACUUGAGUAUAUUAAAUUUCCAUAUCUGCUAAAAUAAAAUAUGCAUCUCAGUGGUGUUCAGCUUAUUUAAGAUUUAGUCAGUUUUAGUCAGUAGUUCUGCAAGAGUACUUGCUUAGAAAAAAGCUUGAGCAAAUAGUCUUAUAUUAAACUCUUACUUGGUAUCCGCAGAUGAAGCGCUAAGAUCUUAAGAUGGCAGUAUUUGGGUAAAUGGGUGUGUUGAAGGCAGAGAUGCGUUAAGUGUGACUGCAAUAAAGGACUAAACCACAUUCAGCCUGUCAAGAGCAAAGGAUACCGACACUAAGCACUGCUUGCCUCAAUUAUCCAAAAGGUUGCCUUGUCCUAUGCAAUCUUCACAUAAUGUAUAACUAGAGCAAGAACAAUAACUUUGUCUUGCAACUACCAAAACUAUACUGUUGCUUCAUCACUUGGUCAGCUGAUGAACUGUCAGAAGACUUACAUGAAAAGCAUUGUAGGUCCCUCUUGCCCCAUUUGGUUUUUUCCCUUUUAUUAGCAUUUUGAUAAGUAUCUUGUUCAUGGUAUAAUUACACUGCAGGUUCCAAAAACUUCUAAUCUUCAAGGAGAAGCAUCACGCAAUGUUCCUGCAGUCUGUUGUAAUUUAAAAAUGUUUAGAGGAAAGUAAGGCUUACCCUUAUGCUACAGAUAUGUAUGUCAUCUUAGCAUGCGUGUGUUGAGGUGUCUGGCCCAGCAGAAGCUAGCAGUGGUACCUCCUGGCCUUGGAGACAGGUGGGUUGAUACUUACUUACACUAGUGGAAAAGUAAUAUUCCUUUGUCUUGCUCUGAAGGUCUGCUGAAAGCCCUAGUUUGAAGUUAACUCUUAAAUACUUCAGUUUUACUGGUUUAACACCCAAUUGCUUUAGCUUCUUGAAUUAAAAGCUGGCCUCUUGAUAAAAACUCCAUUGGAAUAAAUGAGGUACAGCUGACAACUUCCCUGUUCUGAACUAUUUUCUUUUUUUUUUUUUUUUUCAGCCAAUAACAUGAAAACUAAAUCCACUCUUGGUCUUAAUGCUUUUACCAUAGGAUUACUCUCUCUAUGUAUGUGCGUGUGUAUGGUUUCUUCUACAGGAACACAAAUCUAAUUCAUACGAGUGUCCUAAUUAUGAAUUUUUUCUAGGAUCUAAACCCAGCUGUAACUCCUCUAUAGCCAGCCAAACCAGAGGCUGAGGUAGACCGCUACCUCAUAUGUGAAAUUUAUUCUGGGUAAAGCUCAUGCUCUUACACAACAUUUGAACUUUUGUAAAUAGUCCAACUAGUAAAUAGUGAGUGUAAAAUGGAAAAUAAAUGUAAUUUAAACCUUUUGUUACUCAGUACACAAAUGGUUAACUUCUACUUUUUUAACACAAAUUGUGUAAAAUGCUGCUAUGAAUUUUCUUGUGCUGUUACACUUUUUUAGGAAAAACCGUUGCCACAAGUUACUCCUUAGAAAACUUACCCUGUGCCAUAUGUAAAUGCAGUUAAAUUAGGGAGGCAGAUGAUCUGAUCUCUUGAUGCUGCUCUCUUUGAAGAGGCAUAAAUACUACUGACAAGAGGCAUGAGCCGCAAAGCUGAAGACUUCUGAAAUGUUGGGUAGGAUGCUGCUUUCCAUCCCUGUAUCUCCUAUUCCAGGUCGCUUUCAGAACUGGAACAAACACACAAGUCUGUUCAGGUGCACCUUAGAGGUGGAAGUAUCGUUUCAGUCAUGAGGUGGAGGGCUGGGAAAGGAGCGUUGAUGCUUCAGUAGCACACACAGGCAUAUGCAUACUUUAUACUGACCCUCAUCUAGAUUGGGACACCCUUUGCUUGGCUCACUUAUUUACACUAAAUGGUCUAUCAAAAGCAAUGUUUUGCCAGGUGAAACACAAGGAGGUAGAGUUGAGCGUGUUGAAGAAUGUCUAAUCUUUGUUAAAAUCAUACCCACAGUGUGUAAGAGUCCCUCUGGCUCUAAAGCUGCCUUUAAAAGAGUACAUCAUUCAGCUCCCUUUUUUGAUCACUUUGAUGCUCACUUUUUUGUUCAGUAGUCAUUUUAACACUUUAAAUUGAGCAAACUUGUACAGGCUUUCUUGUAACAAGAUUGUAUAGAAUCUGUGAAAGCUAAAACAAUCCAGAGUUUUAAGUUCUUAUUCAUUAAAAAAAAAAAAAAAAAAAAUGCUUCUGUCUCCAUUUUGCAUUCUUGGAAUGAAACCAAUCCAAGCUUGUAUGAGAUUUAGUGGUAAUGCAUGAUCUUAUUUUGUAACUCUUGAAUUAUGUAUUUGAUAAUAAUGUAAAAAUGUACAGUAUUGCUGUUGCUAACAAACUCAAGAGUUGAUUGCCUAUAAAUAUUUUGGUUAUUUUUUUGGUCACACACAUUUGAGCUGCUCAGUAGUGCCAGACAGAUUUUUUUUUUUUUAAAAAACAGCAUUUCUUGUAUAAAUCUCUUCAGUCUCUAUGCAACCUUCAGAAUGAAGCUCUAUUGCUUAAUUUGACUUAGACUCCCUUUCAAGUUCUGUGAAUUUUAAAGGUAAAUUGAAAACACAUCAGUUACGCUACAGCAAACAACUGUAGUGAACAGGCAGUGGUAUGGCUUCAGUCCUAAUGAAAACUGAUGCUAAACUUCAACAGAAAGGGUCUGUAUAAAAAUCAGAAUAGGAAGGCUAAACUUUUUUUCUACUACCUAUCAAUUUAAAUGUAGAAGCAUUUUGGUUUUACAUGCAUCACCAUUUAGAUGGGCCAAACUUAUUUCAUACAGAGCACACUUGAGAUUUUUCUCGUGUCAUAAAUUCUGUACAACGUAUCCAGAUUUGGUUCUCCAGAGGUGAAAGGGAAGAGACAGGUCGUCAUCUGCAAUUAUCAAAAAGUCUAGUUUGUACCGCUGCUUUUCCUGGCUGUUAGGGAAAUACUGAGGUAUUGCAGAGAGGCUGUCGAAAGUGAAAAAAAUCUUAUUUUGGUGCUUACUGCACCCCUGACUUAGCCUAGCAUUGGUCUGUUAACAAUGUGCUGUGAAAAAAACUGAGAGGCAAACUGUUGGUUUACUUACAAACCAUGUUGGUGAAGUGAAAACAAGGGGUGGGGUGGGGUGGGGGCAAAUUAAGUUGUAAACAUUUUGACCUGCUUGCAUGGAUUUUCUUUAAAGAUUGAUGUAAGAAUUUUGACUUUUUAUAUUUGAGAAAUACCAGAAUAAAAUCUAAAUUAGUCCUGUG